AUGAGCUCGAAAUUUGAAAAGGGUUUGAGUUAGGAUUUGAAGUUUAUUAUAAAGAGAAAAUAGUACACACUUUUAAAAGCGGCUACCAAAGAGUGCCCUUGAUUUUGUUUGUUGUGGGUAGAGAAGAGACACAGAGGGAGAAGAGAAGAGAAGAGAAGCAUCAACGAAUUCCAACAUGUCUGACGAAGAGCACCAGUUCGAUUCUCAUGCGGAUUCCGGAGCCUCCAAGACUUAUCCUAUGCAAGCUGGUACCAUUCGCAAAAAUGGCUACAUCGUCAUCAGGUCCAGGCCUUGCAAGGUUGUUGAAGUUUCCACAUCAAAAACAGGCAAGCAUGGACAUGCAAAGUGCCACUUUGUCGCCAUUGAUGUUUUCAAUGGGAGAAAGCUUGAAGAUAUUGUUCCUUCAUCCCACAACUGUGAUGUUCCACACGUGAAUCGCACUGAUUAUCAGCUGAUUGAUAUCUCUGAAGAUGGUUUUGUGAGUCUGUUGACUGACAAUGGAGGUACCAAGGAUGAUCUGAAGCUUCCCACUGAUGAGACACUGCUUGCUCAGAUUAAAGAUGGAUUUAAUGAAGGGAAAGAUCUUGUGGUUUCUGUCAUGUCUGCAAUGGGAGAAGAGCAUAUCUGUGCCCUGAAGGACAUUGGUCCUAAAAAUUAAAAUGAUGUUAUGGCUGUGGUUAAUGGUUAUAGCGCACAUUUUCUUCUUAUGUUGCUAACAGGUAGUAUUUAUUUCUGAUGCAUGUGUGCAUAGCAUACAUAAACUCAUUAGCUUGAUAAGAUGAAAUGAGAUAUUCCAAAAGAGGUUUUAUUCUA